AUGCCGAAAUUCUACAAAUAUUUAAGACAUAUUGAUAUGCUUGUUACACCUUAUGAGUUUAAUGUAACAAAAAGUUAGAAAUCCUUAACAAAAUUAGGUACACAAAAUAUAUUUUUAGGUGGUUUUUUUUCAAUUGCAAUAUUAGUACUCAUGAUUGUUUAUACAAUAAGUAUUUUUAUUUCAGCAAUUUCAAAAUCUGGAUCUAUUUAUGCAGGAACAUAAACUACCAGCGAUUUUUAGUAUUUAGAUUAAAAUACCUCUCGUUUUUUAUUAUAACUAUCGUAUGCAUAAAGUGGAGAAAUAAUUGAAUAUGAUUAAGAAUUUUAGACGUAAAUAGUAUAUUUAAAUUACAGCUAUUUAUAAUUUAAGGUUGAAUAUGUUCAACAAAUAAGACCAUAAAAUACAUCUAUGUAUAGAAGAGAAAUUAAUUAACUUAAUUUAUCAUAAUGUUCAUCAGAUGUUAUUGAUAAUUUUAAAUUUAAUUCAUAAUCACUUUCAGAAGAUAGAAAACUUAAAUUUGUAUGUUUUAAUGGAGGGUACAAAUUAUCUGGCUCAUUUUUUGAUCCUACAUACAAUUAUUUGAAAAUUUCAAUAAUUAGAUGUAUGAAUUCUACAAUUUGUAAAUCUAUAGAUUAGGUUGAAAAUUUAUUAAAUAAAGGGUAUGAAUCAAAAUUUAAUUUAGAAUUAAUGUAAAUAUUUUCAUUUAGAAUUCUAAAAUCAAAUAAACAUUAAAUAUGACACAACCUUCUGAAUAAAGUGCAUAUAUAGUAUUUUGGAGAUUAAAUGCAGGAAUAGCAAAUGGUGAAGAUAUUUUUUUAUAGCCAAUAUUAAUUGACUUGAUAAAUAGUAAAAAUGUUUUUACUUCUUUAACAAAUGAUGAUGAUGCAAGAACAAGAAUCUUUAGAUCAUCAAAAGUUGAAAAAUAAGAGAGAAGACAAUAUCCUAUUAUCUUAAACAAAACAGAUGAAUUAUGUGCAUUUUAUUUAAGAACUUCUUCUGAUUCUUAAUAUUUUUUUGCAUCAAAAACUGAACCAUUUAGUGUAUUUCUUGAUGCAGUCUCUUAAGCAUCUGGAUUAACUGUAGCAAUUUUAGGAUUUGCUAAAAUACUUUAUAAAAUUUAUAUUGCUCAUGAAACUUAUGUAAAGGUUAUGAAUUAAGUUUAUAAAUUUGAUUUUAGAGAUAAUACUACGAUUAAAGAAAAUGAAAGUUUUGAAUCUAAUCAAAAAUCAGAUAAGAGGAAAGGUUUAGAAUAAUUAUAUUCAAAUUAAUUAGAUUAUUCAUUUUGUACUUAUUUACAAAUUGAAUUACGUAAGAUAUUGGGUGAUAUUUGUUUAUUUAAAUAUUGUUGUAAAAAAAGUUAUAACAAAAAAACUAUUAUGGCUUAAAUUGCUAAAUCUAAGAUUAUGUCAGAUCUUGAAUUAUCUAAUAUAGUCAAAAAAUUAUAUGUGAUUGAUUCAUUGAAAUUAUUUUUAUUUGAUGAUGUUUAAUUGAAAUUAUUCAAUAGUUUUUCUGAACCAGUUAUUUAUAAAAAAAUCACAGAUCAUAAGGAUGUAUUCAAAAAUAUUAAUAAAGACUAUCACAGGUCAUUAAUGAAAGGAUCUCUUUUAGAAAAAUAUUAGUUUAAAAAUUAAGUUUCAGUCCCAAUGGAUUUCAAAGAUGUUUUCUCAUCUAAAGGUAUUUAAUUAUAUAUUAACAUUUAUCAGUCCCUAUUGAAAUGCAAUUAUCUAAAGUUUCUCGAUUUUUUAAAGCACAAAUAAAAGCUUAAAAUGGAGAAGAAUUAUUAUAAGCUUAUUCUAAAAUAUAGUAAGGUGAAAAUUUCAAUAAAAAGAUGAAUGAAUAGUUGCUAAACUUUAUUUAAUACAAUACAAUUUUAUAUUAAAUGAUUGACUUAUCACAUAAAGUAAGAUUUUUAAUUCAAAAUAGAAAUGUUCUAUAAAAUCUAUCGAAAAAGAAGAAAUUAAAUUUGUAAAAGCUCGCUCUUAAUAUUCCAAAAUUAAGUAAUAAUCUAAAAAUUUUGAUGAAAAUUAUAUUAUUGAUGAAGCAAAGGAAUCAAUUUCUGCUAGAUCUCCAGAUUCUGAACUUUCAAUUUAGAAAUAUAAAUACAUAGUUGCCAAUAAUGGAGAUAAAUAAGUAGAAUAAUAGGAUUUCGAUGUUAUAUAGGAAAAGGAAGGAAUUUAAAUAAGUGAAUUCGAAAACUAAUCUAGUUAAAAAUAAUUAAAAAAUCUUUGA